AUGAAGAUUGCAAAAUUUUCUGUUCUUCUCCUAAUUUUAUAUAUUUUUCCCGUCGCAUUGGGGCAGCUCAGAGUAGGGUUUUACAGCCAAUCGUGCCCUAAUGCAGAAAGUAUUGUACAGAGCCUGGUCCGCGAGCGGUUCGGCCGUGAUCGAACGAUCACCGCCGCUUUGACUCGUAUGCAUUUUCAUGACUGCUUUGUUCAGGGCUGCGACGCUUCUCUCCUCAUAGACCCAACGACUCAAGAUUCGGAAAAGACCGCCGGGCCAAACGGUAGCGUGAGAGGGUUCGAGCUGAUCGACGAGAUCAAGACGGCUCUCGAGGCUCAAUGCCCCUCAACGGUCUCGUGCGCCGACAUAGUCACGCUCGCCACACGUGACUCCGUCUUCUUAGGUGGAGGACUGAACUAUACGGUCCCCACCGGACGACGUGAUGGCUUUGUGUCGAACCCUGCAGAUGCCCUAAGAAUCCUCCCCGGACCAAGCCUCCCCGUCUCAGAUAUGCUUACGUUCUUCGGGAAUAAAGGGAUGAACGUCUUCGAUGCGGUCGCUCUUUUGGGUGCACACACGGUUGGGAUCGGAUCUUGUGGUAAUUUUGUGGACCGGGUCACCGAUUUUCAAGGGACCGGACAGCCCGAUCCCUCUAUGGACCCCGGUUUGGCUGGCAGGCUAAGGAACACAUGUGCGGCUGGAGGCAGUCAAUUUGCGGCAUUGGACCAGUCGACGCCAUUAGCGCCAUUCUCAUUCGACAACUUGUUCUUCGCUCAGCUCAGAGAGAGGAAAGGGGUUUUGUUACUUGACCAGCGGCUCGCGACCGACCCAGCCACUUCUGGUGUUGUGUUUCAGUACGCGGCCGAUAACGAACUAUUCAAACGCCAGUUCGCAAUCGCAAUGGUGAAAAUGGGAGCCGUUGACGUUCUGACCGGCUUAGCCGAAACGAUCGUUCGAAAUCUCGUGAGCGAUGAGUUCGAGAGUGACCCCACAAUUACGGCCGCUUUGCUUCGGAUGCAUUUUCACGACUGUUUUGUUGGGGGCUGCGACGGUUCUAUCCUCUUAAACUCGACAGAUUCGGAAAGAUUCGUCGGUCCAAACUUAAGCGUGAGAGGGUUUGAGCUGAUCGACAAUAUCAAGGCCGAGCUUGAGGCUCAAUGUCCCUCCAACGUCUCAUGCGCCGACAUAAUGGCCCUUGCCACACGUGACUCUGUGGCUUUAGCUGGAGGUCCAAGAUACAACAUCCCCACAGGGCGACGUGAUGGGUUGGCAACGAAUGCGGAUGGCGUGUUCAACCUUCCCGGACCAACCGCCUCCGUUGCUGCGUUUCUCAGGUUCUUUGGGGACAAACUGAUGAACACGUUCGAUGCGGUGGCUCUUUUGGGUGCACACACGGUUGGUGUGGGAUCUUGUGAUCUAUUCCAGGACCGGCUCAUGAAUUUUAAUGGAACCGGAUUACCCGAUCCGUCCAUGGACUCCGGUUUGGUCGCAAAUUUAACCACUAUAUGUGCGGCCUCAGAGAACCCAUCAACAGGACUUGACCGGUCAACGCCAUUGACCUUCGAUAAUGCAUUCUUCGGACAAAUCCGACUGAGGAGAGGGGUUCUGCAACUUGACCAACGGCUCGCGACCGACGAAGCAACUUCUAGUGUGGUGGCUCAAUACGCAGCCGACAACGACUUAUUUAAACGCCAGUUUGCGAUCGCGAUAGUGAAAAUGGGAGCCGUUGAUAUCUUUACCGGAGAAGAUGGUGAGAUCAGAACGAAUUGUUGGGCAUUCAACGACAAUUAA